AUGACUGGUAGAGGUAGACCUGCUGGUGCUACAAAUGAACUCUUGGAGCGAAAGUUUGAUUUUGAGGGAGCUCAGAGGUGGAUAGCAGAUGUGGAGAAGAUUUUCCAUGCCAUGGGAUGUAAAGAAGAGCAUAAGGUAACUUAUGCUACUUAUAUGCUGAGUGGAGAAGCUGAGGACUGGUGGAGAUUUGCUAGUCAAACUCUAUUGCAAGAAGAUGGUUAUAUUCCUUGGGAGACAUUCAAGGCAACCUUCUUGGGAAAUUAUUUCCCUAGAGAUUUAAAGAAACAGAAGGCUAGGGAGUUCUUUGAGUUGAAACAAGGAAACAUGUCUAUAGGUGAAUAUGCUGCUGAAUUUCAUGAAUUGAUGAAAUACUGGCCUCACUAUCAACAUAAUGAUGGAGAGGAAGAUCUAAGUGCUCAAUUUAAGCAUGGGCUAAGAAUAUUUGAAGCCAAUACUAAGGGUAAGACGGUGGAUACCAGAAUCGGUGGUCCUAUGAGGCAAGACCAAAGGCCUCCAAAAUUUUCUAGAGGACCUUACUCUAGUCCAAAUCAGUCUCAAGUGAAGGGGACUAUAUCUGAAGAAGAUAGUAGUGGUGGUUCUGGUUCUUUCAGAAGACCACUAAAAUGUUUCAAGAGUGGUGGACCUCAUAUUAAAAAGAAUUGUCCUCAACUGCCACCAACAUGUGACAUUUGUGGGAAAAUGGGACACACUGCUAGUGUCUGUUGGUCUGCUCCACAAAAGAGUGGAAGUAUGAGUGUGGAACAAAGACCUGAAUCUAAAGCAAGCACUGGAACAAAGCCAAAUGUGAAAGGCAAAGUUUUUGCUAUGAGUGGAGCUGAGGCUUCAAAAUCAGAGGAGCUUAUUAGAGGUAAAUGUAUCAUAAAAGACCGACUUGUAGAUGUGUUGUUUGAUUCUGGUGCUACUCAUUCCUUUAUUUCUGUGGAUUGUAUGAGAUGUCUAGAAUUACCUGUAUCUGAAUUGUCUUGUGAUGUUAUUGUAUCUACUCCUACGGGUAAGCCUGUAGCAACUUCUUUUGUGUGUUUAGGUUGUCCUGUGAUGAGAAAGUCUUGA